UACAAAACCAUCGCACACCGCGUCGCUGGCCCCACUCAUCGUGACAGCGUCCGAGGAGACCACCUGCUGGCAGCCCUUAGUGGAGCCGAGUUAGUAGAGCCGAGCAGAACCGAUAGCACAGCCCGUAGUACAGCCGGGACGAGCAGUCGAGCGCCCCUGAUCGAGCCGAGCCGAGUCGCCCAGACCCCCUAAGCAGGCACCGCGGAACGAGCCCAGCCCAGGGCCCAGGAACAGCACCACACCCCAUCCAUCGUCCCGGAUACGUCAGACAGAAACAGGAUGCGCUGCCAGGCCACCGCCCCCCUCGCCCUGCUGUGCGCCGCCGUGCUGGUGCUCAUCGUGGCCUCGGCCAGCGCCGCCCCGGGGCCCGGCAGGCAGGUGCAGACCAAGCCCCGCACCAUCCGGGGCUUCAAGAACGUCGUCCUGUCCACGGCCAGGAACUUCGGCAAGCGGGGAGGCGCGCCCAUGGACGGGGCGCAGGGGGAGUUCGUGGACGAGGCGACCAUGCAGGCCAACGGCGCGGAGUACCAGCGCGCGCCCGGAAACAGCUUCCCAGUUCAGUGGUUCGUCGAGGAGAUCCAGAGCAACCCGGAGCUAGCCAGGAGUGUCGUUCGGAAAUUCAUUGACGAAAAUCAGGAUGGCGAGCUCUCAGCGGAGGAACUUCUUCGGCCGGUCUACUAGUUGCGUCCACCCCAACUUUUCGUUUCGUUGCAUACCCCCGUUCUGUUGACCAUCAGUUUUCUUAUAUCAUGGUUUCUCCGUCAAAUGCCAGCAGGCCUACCAUUUGCAUAAGAGGGUGCUUCCCCACCAGUUGCCAUGUUGAAGUAGACUGAGCUCUGUAUGUGGCAUGAGUCAUAUUGGACUUUUCUUUAAACGUAGAAGUAGGGCAGCGUGUACUAAUUUCCAUUCCAUACACGCAGUCGACGUCCUUUUAAUGUAAUUAAUUGUGAAUUGAAAGCAAUAUAUUUACCUACGUUUUGAAAAGGCUCAAAUUGUAGGGUACUUAGUUAAAGGCGCUUGUUAGUUGGGUAUUUUCUCUAUAAUUUAUCAGUUUAUGUUUUCAUUCAAGUGGCUGGAUGAACAUUUUUUUUAUUUAUUUUCAGGAAGCGUUUCUUUAGACUGAAUAGGUUUGUCAUGCAAAUUAACUGUAUUCGCUAUCAUACAAAUUUAUUUCCCCCCUCUACUUAUAACAACCUGCUUGUAGAUCAUAUUUUAAAUUAGUUGUCUUCACUUAACUGUAACUUUUCACGCAUAGUCGUUUUGCCACCGAAAGUUUAUUUCUCGAAGCAAUAUUAAACCAUAGCACCUCCCUAUGCAAGAUGUGAUGAUAAUUGCACCUUUGUUAUAGAACUUAAACGUCAAUUGUGAUCAGUGAUUUGUUUGCGUCAAUCACAAACAAAAUUUAAACUGGAAACAGUUUAAAGCUUUUUUAAAAUUUCUGCUUGCGAAUGACAGGAAACAGUUCCUCUCAAGACUGUUCAUGUUUUGGCUACAAUUUUACUACAAUUUCUACUUGCUGUUCACAUCCUUGCCCAGCCCACUCCACCUCAACAUGACGGCAAGCGGAGUAUAAAUUUCCAUACUAGUUCUACAUCAGUUCAGAACGAUUAAACCCAGAGCAGGUAGCACAUCAACCUCAGUUCCAGUAAGUGCUGUAUUUUUGCUGGAAUAGCAAAAGGUAGGAUCACCUCUGUACAAAGUCACUAAAAAUAAAGCAGUUCGAAAAGUCUCUUCUAA